CUCCGCUGGUACGAAGCAGCCAAGCAGCUGGGCUGGGGCAUGCUCUGCCUGAUGCCGCACGACAUCAUCACCAACUCGUGGGUUGAAAACGAUCUUCGCAUUCGCUUCUGGCACAUCUGGCUUGAGUUGGUUGUGAAGGUAAAUCCAGUCGCUCACAAGGCUAGCGGAGCAUUAGACAACUGGCUUAGCUUGGAGGGCAUCUCUGGUGGCUCUAUUAGUGGGAAGGCAACGCUGUCUAUUGAGGCAAACUCGCUGGCACCUGUGACGCAAGUGGAGGAGAUUAAAGAC